GGAAACAUUGUCCGUGAUCCUCACUUGCUGCUCAGUGAAAGAGCCGAUCUCCUUCUCGACAAGCUCGGUGAUAGCCGAAACCUGCCCCGUGGACUUCAUCCAACUGCUGUGGUUGACCACCUCAAGAUCCGUCAUCCUGCGGAUUUUGGCGUGCAGACCAUUAACAUCGUGGACAGUUUCGUCAAGCCUUGUUAUCAGUUUUUGCCCUACAUCCUUAAGCUCCUCUUCGGUUUUCUCAUGAGCUUCCCUUAACACGGUCUCAUCAGCAAGAUCCUUCUGGGUGCUCGAGAGGUCGAUUUCGGUCUUUCUGAGUUCUCCUUUUGUCUCUUCUAGAACGCCCUUGGUGCCUUCAAGUUCCUUCUUGAGCUCCAAGAACAGCCUCAUAUUCUGUUCAAACUGUUCUCGGGUGUUCUUGAUUUGCGUCUCCAUAACAUCAAUCUUCCUCUGCUGCUCUUCGUUCAAGAUUCUUCGACUUUCGCUCUCCUCAGUCAUUGCACUGUACGAUUCAGUAGUCAAAAAGACACCAUUCUUCUGUCGUGUUGCCAUGAGAUCGCCCUUGAGCUUCUCGAUUUCGGUAACGUAUUCUCGUAUCAGUGCCUUCUUGGUCAGCAUCUGGUUGAUCUGCGGCUUAUUCCGUAUAUUUUUAGCACGAGCGGCAUAGUCCAGAGUCGAAAUAGUCUCCUCGAGAUUGCUCUUGGCGGGUGAUACGGUAGCAAUAAUGCAUGUUUUUGUGCGUCCACCAAGAGAAUCUUGUAAAAGACGGGUGAGCUUCGAUUCCCUAGGGCACCAUAUCAGACCGCGUCCAGCUGUCGAGGCAAGGAUUGAAACUCCUACCUGUAUGGGAUAUGAGGGGACUUGUCAACCAGAGCGUUGAUAACUCUCCCCAGGGUCAAAAGGCUCUGGUUGAUCAUUCCUGCCUCCCUGGCUCUUUUAUUCUCUGCCCCGGAUCUCCCAAUAUUCUCGGACCCAGCUAAAUCCACUAGGUUAAGCUUUCCAGUCCUCAACAAAUCCUCGCCAUCCUCACCAAUUUCCUUGACAUGUACAGUAAUCGUAAAGACAGUGUGGGAUCGCGAACUGAGGUCAUUGCAUUUUGUCGCUGCAACCUGGCGUUUAUGGCUUCCCUCUUGUAACAGUUUG